AUGCAAUUUGAUAUUAACUCUCCAAGAACUCAAGCUGCUAUGGAAAUGCUUAAAAUAGAAGAUGAUGAUCUAAAUGUUGAAGAGUAUGCAGAUUUUUAUUAAAAGAAACAAAAUCCUCUCUAGAAUCUUAUCAAAUAUUUACAAUACGUUACUAACAAAUAUAAAAUAUUGAAUGAUCUUCUAAAACGAAGGAAUCAGAUAAAGCAUAUUUAAUCAUAAGUUACAAAACAAAUAAAUUCCAAGAAUAUUAAAUUUAAAGAUGAGUCUUUGAUUGCUGAGUAAUCUGAAUCUAGGAAAACUCAGAGAGAAGAUCAAUAAACAUCUGUUAUUCUUAGUGCCAACCAAAGAAAGGAAUUAUUCAAUAAAAAAGUGAAUAAGGAAUCUGAAAAUUAUAAUAAAUUUCUAAAUAUUGUUUAGGAUUAAAUAAAUAAGUAGGAAGAAUAUUAUAGUAAGACAGCCCCUGAAAUCUACUAAAAAGCAGAAUAAAACAAAUAAAAAUAAUUGGAUUAAAUAAGAAAGAAAUUAAGAAGAAAGAAUUUAAAAGUAGAUCAGAUAUGCCAAAAAAAUAAAUAUGAAGAAUAAUUAUAGUAUAGAGAACAUAAGAAGGUGAUUUAGGAAUUAGAAAAAGAUCUCAGUUUACAUUUUGAAAGAAAAUAAAAAUAGCUCUUAUAAUCAUAAGAUGUAUAAGUGGAAUAAUUAAAAAAGAGAGAAGAAAAGGAAAGAGAAAGAUAAUUGAAGAAAUAAAUGUAAAUAAGUUAAGAAUAGAGCAUGAUUGAAUAAGUGAUGGAUUCUAUGAAAAAGAAAUCUGAUUAUUUGAAUGAUUAUUUACAAAAAAAAUAAAUGGAGGAUCGAAGAAAAUAAUAAUAGAGUUUGAAGAUGUUUGAAGAGAAAUAGAAAAAAUUAUAAGAAUCUUAUACUUAAAAGGAAAAUUAAAAUGUUUAACUGUAUUUUAGUAAAUCAACAUAAAGAUAAAUCUAACUUAAUAAGCAUGAAAUUUCUCAAAUCAAACAGUAAAAAAGCUUAUCUACGAAAAACAGUAGGAUUAUGAAAAAAUAUGAGUAGUAUUAGGUUUCUUUGGAUUAGAAAAGAUCUGAUUCUCUUAUUUCAAAACUUCAAGAAGCUGAUGAUAAACUUGUGGGUGGUUUGAAAAGACAUUAAUCCUUAUUAGAUUUAAGAAAGUAGAAUCUAUGUGAAAAAAAUGAGCAUCGUUUUAAAUUAGCCAAAUAAAAAUAAAUGGAAAAUAUGUUGGAGAAAAUACAUAAAUAAAAUAAAAUUUUAGAAAAAAAUCUUGAGAUUUCUCAAAAAAAUGAUAAAAACAAAUAGGAAUUAGAAUUUCUAGAGAAAUACAAAAAAGAAAUAAUGUUAAAUAAAGUGAUAUAGAGAAACUAAAUGAUAUAGAAAUUAUAAUCUUGA